UGAGGGGGGAACUGUGACCACCCCAGCUUUUCGCGCUUCUGUGGACGGCGCUGGUGCAGGACUCCAGGACAGGCUGACGUGACACUAUGAUCCAUAAACUGCUUCCCCUCCUCUGUCUCAGGCUGUGUGCUGGCCAAGACCUAAGAAGAGACGGGCCACUUCCCAAGCCCUCCAUCCGUGCCCGGCCCAGCUCGGUGUUUCCUGCCAAUAGUCAUGUGACACUGCGAUGCUCUACUCCUACUGGGGAGGUCAACUUCAGGCACAUCAAGUUUACUCUCAGAAAGAACAAUGUUCCUUUGGAGUCCUCGCCAUCUCCUGAUUCCCCCAGGGGCCGGGCAGAGUUUCAUCUCACUGACGUAAAAACCAGUGAUGCUGGAGAGUACACCUGUGAAUAUUACAGAAGAGGGAGCCCCAACAGAAGGUCACCGCCCAGUGAUGUCCUUCUACUACUGGUGACAGGAGAAUUACCUAAACCUUCCCUCCACGCCCGCCCAGGGCGCAAGGUGACUGCAGGAGAAAACGUGAUUCUGCAGUGCAAGAAGCCCAGGCAUAUGAUAGAACCUCACAUGUUUGCUCUACUGAAGAAAGGAACUUCAACACCCAUACAGCUCCAGAGUGCAGUAGGAAUUCAGACAGACUUCUCCCUGCCAAGUGUGACAGGCAGUGACACUGGGGCCUACAGCUGUGUGUACUACCAACCAAGGGCUCCUUUCUCGGCCUCAGAGCCCAGUAAUGAGCUCAGGAUCUCGGUGACAGCAAUUAAAGUGCCAAUCACUGUGGAAGAAGCAGAGCAGCAGGCCCCACCUCCUCUACCCACAGGUCCCCCAGCUGCCCCGGAGUUGGGAGGGGGAGAUGAUGAGUACCUGAUCCAGCAGGACCUGCUGAGUCUUAACAGCUGUGAAACCUACAUUCCCAGCCAGCCCAGGACAAGACACUGACUUCCUUCUUCCUGUGCGCUUCACCUGGGCCCGAUGGCAGGACU